AUGUCUUCUUCCUUCAAUUUCUUCAUCCUCUGCGUGCAGGUUUGCCUCAUCCAAAAUGUCUACGGCCAGUACUUGGAAGGGUUAGGCGGUUGCGGCUGCGGAGCUGGUUGGAACGGCUGGAACGGACUCGGAGCAGGCUGGAAUGGACUCGGUGCUGGGUGGAACGGAAUCGACGGGGGAUACGGCGCCGGCUGUGGCUCAUAUGGCGGCGAGGGAAUCGGCAACGUGGGUGUUGUCGGUGAGCUACCCGUCGCUGGUACCACCGCUAUCAUUGGUCGCGUGCCCAUCAUCGGUGCCGUCGAGUACGGAGGUCAGGCCUGCGCCGUUGGUACCGUCUCUAUCUGCGGACACUGUGCUCCCAUCUGCGGAUGCGGCCGCACCACUUUCUACUAA